UCAUUUUCCAGUUAAAGAUAGACACGGUAUACACUAGGAUCUGGAGGCUGGAUUCUACCCUCCUGCCUCUCGCUAGGAUUUCAGAGUCCUGUUGUAAUUAACCAUUUCGUUAAGGUUGGUUCUUUCCGCGAAUGUGCUAAGAAUUCAUAUAUGUCCUGGGCGUCCUGGAAUUAACAGGAUUCUUUAAGAGACCAUGGUGUACAUACUCUAGGAUAAGUGAGAUUUACACGUCCCUGGAUGAAACGCUUGGAAAGUCUGUAAAUGCCGGAAUCUACUGCCGUUUCAAAGAAAAGAAGAUAGAUGGUUUUGGAAAGUUCAUGCUGUUUCUUCAUUGAAUUUUAGAAUGAUUGAAGAUAGUGGGAAAAGAGGAAAUACCAUGGCAGAAAGAAGACAGCUCUUUGCAGAGAUGAGGGCUCAAGACCUGGAUCGUAUCCGACUCUCCACCUAUAGAACAGCAUGCAAGUUGAGGUUUGUUCAGAAGAAAUGCAAUUUGCACCUGGUGGACAUUUGGAACGUCAUAGAAGCGUUAAGAGAAAAUGCUCUGAACAACGUGGACCCAAACAUGGAGCUCAGCGUGGCCCGAUUGGAGGCUGUGCUCUCCACCAUCUUUUACCAGCUCAACAAAAGGAUGCCAACCACACACCAAAUCCAGGUGGAGCAGUCCAUCAGCCUCCUGUUAAACUUCCUGCUGGCAGCCUUUGAUCCGGAAGGCCAUGGUAAAAUUUCAGUAUUUGCUGUCAAAAUGGCUUUAGCCACGUUGUGUGGAGGGAAGAUCAUGGACAAGUUAAGAUAUAUUUUCUCAAUGAUUUCUGACUCCAGCGGGGUGAUGGUUUAUGGACGAUACGAUCAGUUCCUACGGGAAGUUCUCAAGCUACCCACAGCAGUUUUCGAAGGUCCUUCAUUCGGUUACACAGAACAGUCAGCAAGAUCCUGUUUCUCUCAACAGAAAAAAGUCACCUUAAAUAGUUUCUUGGACACGCUCAUGUCAGAUCCUCCCCCGCAGUGCCUGGUCUGGCUGCCCCUUCUGCAUCGACUGGCAAAUGUAGAAAAUGUCUUCCACCCGGUCGAGUGUUCGUAUUGCCACAGUGAGAGUAUGUUGGGCUUUCGCUAUCGAUGCCAACAGUGUCACAAUUACCAGCUCUGUCAAGACUGCUUCUGGAGGGGACAUGCUGGUGGUUCCCAUAGCAACCAGCACCAAAUGAAAGAGUACACGUCCUGGAAAUCACCUGCUAAGAAGCUAACCAAUGCAUUAAGCAAGUCUCUGAGCUGUGCUUCCAGCCGUGAGCCCUUGCACCCCAUGUUCCCUGACCAGCCUGAGAAGCCACUCAACUUGGCCCACAUCGUGCCACCCAGACCUGUAACCAGCAUGAAUGACACCCUGUUCUCCCACUCUGUCCCCUCCUCAGGAAGUCCUUUUAUUACCAGGAGGUUACCUGAGGGGAUAAGUGCAUCCAGCCCUGUGGCUGAGGAGCAUUCGCUCAUAAAGCUGUAUGUAAAUCAGCUUGACCACGGCACACGCUCUCCUCCCAAGGACAGUGAAGUCGAGCAGAGCAAACUGCUGGCUAGGGCUGCUCCUGCUUUGCUGAAGGGCAAAGGGAUACAGUACAGCCUGAAUGUGGCAGACAGGCUAGCUGAUGAACAUGUUCUCAUCGGGUUGUAUGUCAACAUGCUCCGGAACAACCCACCAUGUAUGCUUGAGAGCUCCAACCGGCUUGAUGAAGAGCACCGGCUGAUCGCCAGAUACGCGGCCAGACUGGCGGCAGAGUCCACUUCGUCUCAGCCGACUCAGCAGAGGAGCGCCCCUGACAUCUCCUUCACCAUUGAUGCAAAUAAGCAACAAAGGCAGCUGAUCGCAGAACUAGAAAACAAGAACAGAGAAAUCCUACAGGAGAUCCAGAGGCUGCGGCUAGAGCAUGAACAAGCUUCUCAGCCCACGCCGGAGAAGGCACAGCAGAACCCCACUCUGCUGGCAGAGCUGCGGCUCCUCAGGCAGCGCAAGGACGAGCUGGAGCAGAGAAUGUCCGCCCUCCAGGAGAGCCGGAGAGAGCUAAUGGUCCAGUUAGAAGGUCUCAUGAAACUACUAAAGGAAGAAGAAUUGAAGCAGGGAACCCAGGGGGCAGGCUCCCCCCGAUCCUCCCCUAGCCACACCAUCAGCAGGCCCAUCCCCAUGCCGGUGCGGUCCGCGUCCACCUGCUCCACCCCGGCCCACACGCCUCAGGACUCACUCACGGGGGUAGGGGGAGACGUACAAGAGGCGUUUGCACAAAGCUCGAGAAGAAAUUUAAGGAAUGACUUACUAGUAGCAGCAGAUUCCAUCACUAACACCAUGUCCUCUCUCGUGAAAGAGUUGAAUUCCGAGGUGGGGAGUGAAACUGAUAGUAACGUGGAUUCUGAAUUUGCACGGACUCAGUUUGAAGAUCUGGUCCCAUCACCAACCUCUGAAAAAGCUUUUCUAGCACAAAUCCACGCCCGAAAACCUGGGUACCUUCACGGUGGAGCUACCCCAAGCACCAUGCGUGGGGACAUGGUUACAGAAGAUGGGGACCCCUACGUGCGGCCAGAGGAUGAGAACUAUGAAGAUGACUCUGUCCGGCAGCUGGAGAACGAGCUGAAGAUGGAGGAAUACCUAAAACAGAAGCUACAGGACGAAGCCUACCAGGCAAGCUAUAGUCAGACAGAUGCAAGUAACAGGAGAGCUGGUGAUGAAGGACACAGCUGCACCCCCAGAGGAGAAGACGGCAGCCUGGCAGCAGCCUCAGCUCAAGGAACAGAGGACCCACCACAUGCAGCCGCUCCCGACAGACCCCCGCCCCCUAAAGACUGUGUUCUGCCGACUAUAGUGCAGCUAACUUUUUGUUCUAAAUUUUGUAGUUUAUAGAUGUGUGUUUUGAGAAGGAAAAAAAGAAUAAUAAGACUUCUGUUCAAAGCUAACUUAUCAGCUACAUCUUCUGUAACACGGCUCAUCCCUCGAAAUGAAAACACAGGCUGAAAUCCCAUGCUGCUGUUACUUGCAAUGGCAGUAUUAACAAGCAUCUUACCUUUGCACAUGAUAUUGAACCUGGUCAGUUUACAACGACAUUACUAAUACUGUUUAUAGCUAGGAGUUUCAUUUCUGAAUUCUCUGAGAUUUUAGCAAAACAGUUGAUUAUAUACACUGUACAUUUUUUUUUCCACAGCAACUGGAAAAAAAGCAACCACUUGCAGUUAUUCACUGAGCCUAAAGGAUUUGGUUCCCGAGGGUACAGACUCAGAGCCCCAAAGCCAAGAAGGGUCCUUGGCCUGCAUGGUCUGCACUUGUCUCCAAGUCUCUGAGAGCAGAGGCUUGGACCAAACCCACCAGGAGAAUCCAAUCUCUGCGGCUUCUUUCCAACUUGGGGUUGUUUUCUUUCAAGAUACUCUUAGCCUAUCAGCCAUAGAAUUUAGUGUAAAUAUUUUUUUUUUUCCAAAUAGAGAUCAUAUUCCAAAAAAAAAAAAAAAAAAGGCAACAUUCAAAUUAUAUAGAAUCUAGUUUUUAAAAUCAGCACAGCUCUUCUUAAAAACUGUGAACUCUGUUUUGAAAUACUCGUUACUAAAGCUGUUUAUAAACCACAGGUGCCAUAAGAUCCCCCCCAAUGGACUCAAGUUAUCUCUGCUCUUCCACGGCUGGUUCCUUUCGGUUUAGCUUUAGGGAGCAUGUUUCUAACAGCACCGCUCAUCCACCAGUUCCCCUAUCAGGUCGUUUGGAGGCCUUUCAGCUUUAAAUGUACAGGCUUAAAGUGCGCUUGCAAACGUUCGCUCUCCUUUUCUUUCUGAAUGUGUUUUGCCUUAGCUGGCUACCUGGUUUUCUGCAUGCAGCCUCCUGUGGUCACGUGAGAGGAAACAGGCUUUCCUAAGUGGAGCUGGGAUUUUGCACUCCGUGAAAAGCUGAUGUGCAAAAGAACGGUCAAGGAAGGGAGAAUGAAUGACUCUGUUGAUGGUCCUUUCUGAGGGCCCUCUUUGGGGAGCACCAAAGACCUCCCUUAGGGAUUCUGGGGAAAUGAAAAAAAAAAUCUUCUACUUGUUUCAAGAUUUGAUGAAAUAAAAAUCCUGCAAUAUAGUAGAUACAUUAUCCUUUAAUUGGCAGCUUCUCUGAAUUCCUGUUUCUCCUUUAAAAGAAAGAAGAGAACAUCAUUCUAGAACAGUGGUUCUUGAAAUGCGGUCCCUGGACCAGCAGCGCCAGCAUCACCUGGGGAAUUUAUUAGAAAUGCAGAUUCUUAGACCUUAACCCCAGCCCUACUGAAUCAGAAAAGGGGUUGGGGCCCCGUCAUCUGUGUUUGAACCUUCCAGGUGAUUCUGAUGCAUGCUGAAGCUGAAGAACCACUGCUUUAGAAGAAAGUUGUGUAAUAAAAUCUCUGAAAAGGCCUUACUCAGAAUAAGCAAGAAAGGUUCUAAGUCAUCCUCAAAGUUUGAGCGAUUUGAUUUUGCUUCCAGGGUUGGCAGAAGCCUUCUCCCACCCCACAGAGUCGGUAGUUGGUGGGUGCCCCGCUGAGAAGUGACAUCCCAACUUCUUCCUUCUUCCUUCCCAGAGGGUUCUCAGAUGCUCCCAUCUCUGUGUUGGGUCAGACACCACCUCCUUGACUGCCCUCAGGAACAAAAUCGCUUGCCUUGGGGUUAGUAAAGCUCUCUGUUGGCAUUAGCAAGGAGCACAUUCUGCCCCUUGAUGUACUUAAUCAUUUUUCCCUGGAGAGCCAGCCUGACAAAUGUCCCUGAGAACAGGCUGACACCAAAGGGACACAACUGCACAGUUCUCGGAUUUCUUUGCACAGAGGGAUGUUAUUGCAGGUUUUGUUAGUGUAUCUUAAUGUUCAUCUCCUUCCCUCUGCCCAUCCUCUGUGAACCCAUACCUCUCUAGAUGGAGCAGGUGGCCACUGGUGCCUCAUACUCAGUACUUAAAACCGCUACAUCCCAGCUACCUACAUGGCUGUUGGCUCUGAAUCAUAGCUGGGCAGUUCUCAGUCUCAGAACCCUGACCCUGCAGGUGGCACUCAGCCACUACCUGGACCGAGCUGACAGAUGUUAUCAUUUUGUGUUUCUGCAUCAUGUUUGUCUAAGGUUUGGACUGUUCUGUGGGUAACCUUCCUGCAUCGUAGUGUUCACUGCCAAUUCCAUCCCACGGUUGUCGAUCCCAUUGUACGAAGUCAUUGCAAGGACGCUGGAAACUGCUGCCAAUGACCAAUUCCUGACUAACCAGCCACCUUUUCUUUCUCUUAGCUCCACGUCAGCCCUGAGACCAGACUCAAGCACCCCUGUCCUGUAAACGAGACAAAAUGGCGUGCGUUAUUUUGGGUUUUUGUGUUUUUGGGCGGGUUUCUUUCCUUGGCUCUCCAAAUCUACUUUUGGGGCCUGUUCUAAGUGCAAACCCAGCAGGUGUCACCUGUCCUGUCCCUUAGGUACAGUUCUGUCUGGCGAGGAUCGUUUCUUUCUUGUUCCACGAUGAAUUGCACAUCCAUCUCCAUUAGAGGUGAUGCCCUAUUAAUGAGCACUGGUCUAACACAGCCAACCCUCCCCCACGGCGCCAUGUGAAUGGAGGGAGGGAGGAGGGUGAAAUCUACUGUAGGGGAUUCAGGAAUCAGUUGUGGUUGGUCAGGACGGAAGUCGGGGUAAAUGUGGUUGGUCAGAGGGAGAUGUGCUGGAGAUUGUGAAAAAUGGAUUCUCGAGUGAUCUACUCUAAGACAGGGAAGGUUCAUUUGUAAGUAGUAAUGUGAACUGAACUACAUAAGAGUGUGGCCUUUGUUGUGAUAUACUAUGUAUUUUCUUAUAUGCAUGAGCCAAACUGUUGCAUCAUAAUUUAGCACUGAUGUCUGCUUUUAUUUUGAUCAUCUUUAUCCACCCUUAUUAGUUCUUGGCUGUUAACUGUAGGUAGACGUUGUAAAUCCAGCAGCCUUUGGUUGCUGCAGUCACCUUGGUUCGAUUCCACACAAACUACAACUACACCAUGUCCUCAGAAGAAAGGGCAUUUUUACCUUUGAACCAAAAAGAGGGGAAAAAAAAAAUCAGAGGUAUCACAUCCUGAGGCUAAUUAACUCUAAGACAUUUUUAAUUAUGACUACUGUAAUUUGACGCCAUUUGAAGUAACCAAUUCAGAGACACUAAAGAUUUCACAACAUUCAUGGGUAUGUAACAAAACUACUAUUGUAUGGGUUUUUUGUAUUGCUGUUAAGUAUUGUUUUGUGUGUAUGUGUGUGUGUUGGAACCUCCUGGGGACAUGUUAUAUUUUGAAGUGAUUAAACUAUUUAAUUGUGUGUCUAUAUUUUGGAAUGGAAUUAUUUCUUCAUUAAAAAAUGUUUUUAAAAACACU